AUGUUGAAGUUAGUAUUGUUUGUAGCAUAUGCAAUUUGUGUGGUCUUUGUGGUGUCAACGACAGGUAUAUGUAGAGGACAAAACGAAAUAUAUGAUACGUGCCCCCCAGUUUGCCCACCGCAAACUUGUGAGGCUAUAGGCAAGACCUAUUAUUGUCCUCUUAUUCCGGUAAAUAAGACCGCAAUAGCCGGAUAUUGCAAACCGGCUUGUAGAUGUAAACCCGGUUAUUAUAGAAAUCUAAUCAACCAAUGUAUAUCCAAGAAUGAUUGCUUAAAAUGUACAGGACCACAUGAAUAUUUUUCAUGUGGUGUUGCUUGUGACAAUGUUUGUGCUACAAUAAAGGAACAGAACCAAACCAACUGCCCGAUCAUUAACAAAACUUGCAAUAAAAAAUGUUAUUGUGAGGAGGGUUAUGCUCGGAAUGCUAACAACACCUGUAUACCUAUUGAUCAGUGUGAAGAAGCCUGUACUACUACCACAACAACCGUAGCACCAACAGAAAAUGACGAUGUUCAAGAUCAAUUGGUACAAGGAAAUGUGGAUUUCACUGUAAAUUUUCUAUAUGAAUUAAUCCAAAAGAAUCCAUUAACCAGCGUAGUAAUGUCGCCGUUUUCUGUUCUGAUUCCUUUAGCGGAAUUAGCUCUUUAUACGGAAGCUGGAAAUUCUUACAGUCAACUAAUGAAUGUACUCAAUCUUAAAAGCAAGGAUGCGAUUCGAAGUGUAUUCCCUCAGCUUAUAACUUCACUAAAGGCCCAACAAGAAGCUAUAUUAGAUUUGGCUGCAAAAAUUUAUGUGAACGAGAAUUUCCAGCUUACUGAGAAUUUUGCUAACGACACACGUGAUGUCUUCGGUGCUGAAGCAGAAAAUAUUGACUUUAGUCAACCCGAACAAGCUGCCGACACUAUUAAUGCUUGGGUAGAAGAAGAAACAAGAGGUCUUAUAAAAGAUCUCGUAGCUCCCAGUAUGUUUAGCGCCUACACACGAUUGGUUCUAACAAAUGUUAUCUAUUUCUUGGGAAAUUGGGAACAACAAUUCAAUCCGAACGAUACUAAUAGUGAUGAUUUUCAUAUUAGUAAUAACCAAACUCUUCAAGUCCCAAUGAUGUUUCAAAAAGGUGUUUUUAAUUAUGCAGAAAGUGAAGAUCUAAAUUGUAAGAUACUGGAGAUUCCAUAUAAAGGAGGAAACUUCUCGUAUGUAGCUUUCCUACCUAAUGACAUAGAAGGCUAUAACGCACUGGCAGAAAAACUUAGAGAUACCAAUGUAUUUAAUGCUGCUCUUGAUUCAUUGGAGGAAAAACUCUGUUACCUUUAUAUACCAAGACAUGAAAUAAGUACAAACAUAAACUUAGUUGAAGUUCUCCAAGCGGUCAAUGUCACUGAUAUAUUUGAUACCAGCAAAGCAGACUUAAGAGGAAUAUUAACAAAUAAUGAACAACUAGGUGUAUCAGCUGCUAUACAGAAAGCCAUUAUAAAAUUCGAUGAAACAGGAACCGAGGCAGCGGCUGCGAAUGCAUUAGUUGUGGGCACAACGUCAGUGUCACAACCUCAAACUAUAUACACCUUCAAGGUGGAUCAUCCUAUAAUAUACUUCCUGUUGCUCGAAAAAAAUCCAUUAUUCUGCGGCGUUUAUGCUGGAAACUGA